AACACAUUUCCUCUUUGGGUUAGUUUCAGGUGGAACUCCCUGAAAACAGGAAGCAAGUGGCUGUACAGCAGUUAGUUUGUCUUCACUCUGCCAACAUGUGCACUGGAAAAUGUUCCCGCUGCAUCGCCGUUACUCUGUACCCGUUAGCGAUCAUAUCCAUCAUCUGUAACAUAGUGUUGUUCUUUCCUGGCGGUGAUAUCAAGUAUGCCAAAGAUGGACACAUUACCGAGGAGGUGAAAUACAUGGGAGGACUCGUCGGAGGAGGUUUAAUGGUGUUGCUCCCAGCACUUUACAUCCACUUGACUGGAAAAAAGGGGUGCUGUGGGAAUCGCUGUGGGAUGUUCUUAUCCAUUGUAUUUGCUGCGGUGGGCGUGGCUGGCGCACUGUACAGUUUCAUUGUAGCAGUGCUCGGUUUGCAGAAUGGGCCCCUCUGCAAAGUUCUUCUGAUUUGGAUGACACCUUUCAAAGACAGCGACCCAAGUUACCUGACUGCUGACUCGUCGUGGGUGAGAUGCACAGAGCCUAAAAACAUUGUGCAGUUCAACACUGGGUUGUUUGCAACUCUGCUGGCCACAAGCUGUCUGCAGCUGGUUCUCUGUACCAUUCAGAUGAUCAACGGGCUCUUUGGCUGCCUGUGUGGAACUUGCAACAACAAAGGGCCGCUGUGAGUUCCUGAAAGUUGACUAACUCCCCUGAUGGAAGACAGAGUAGUGUUCCUGAUGUAUCUGCAUAUAUUCACUUUGAAAUUGUAGAUUUUUAUACUUUGUGUAUUUCAUGAUGCUUAAUACUGCAUUAUAAUAAAACACAGAAAUCUGAAAAUGUGUAAUGUAUUAGAAAAUGGCACAGUAUUAGAAAUAAUCCAUGCUAAUUAUAUGGUUAAUUUGAAAUAAAUUAGUUUUAAAUAUAAGAUGCUCAUCCAGUUCUGUCGUGUUACAUUAAAUUUGGCUUUACACAAUAAUAUUAACCUUUUGCUUUAUUGUACUUUUCACUUUUAAAUAACUGUCUCCAAGAGCUGGUUAGUAAAAUAAAACACAGGACAAAGUUAUUCUUCAAUGACACCUUUAAUGUAGGUAGUAUUACUGCGAUGAAUAUCAUGAUAGAUAUCUAUACAAACAUUCAGUGUCAUCUCAGAUUGCUAGCAUUUUAAAAUACAUUAAUUUCUAAAUUAACAUUAAAGGAAUAUGACUGAGAUUUCUGCCAACAACUAAGCACUGGAAAAACCCUGCACAUGGAACGCAGUGUGCAUAUGGCACAUUUGACGAGGCAGUUGAUAUCAUAGAUAAUGUUUUAUAUCUAUGGUUGAUGUCUUCUCAUUGACUUGUACAGAACAAUAAAGGAUACACAACAAAAAA